ACUUAAUCACAAUGGUGUUAAAGUUCACAUUACUAGUGGCACUAAACUAUAUUAUACAUUACACACCGGCGUCGCAAGCUCAAGCCAGCGUCUCAGGCUACAGCGACCAGCUUCCCCCAUUAGAGACUGACACUGAUCCGGGACCCCAAACGUGUGGCUUGGCACCUCCAUUCUGUCUUAAGUCCCGCUAUCGGACCAUUGAUGGUUCCUGCAAUAACCUGAUCAGACCAAAGUGGGGUAUCCCUCAGACUCCUUACGGGCGAUUGGUUCCCCACAAUUAUGCCGAUGGCGUACAUGAAAUGCCGCGGUCGACCACAGGUCGUCCCCUGCCGAACCCUCGCGCGAUCAGCCUCCGGUUGUACCCGGACAAGCAACUGGUCGAUCCUAUUUGGAACCUAAACGCCCAACAGUGGGGUCAGAUUAUUACCCAUGACAUGUCUCUUACGGAUUUUAGAAUUCCUCCAUCUCGGGUGAGGUGUUGUGAGACCAAUGGACGGCUCUCACCUAACUCAAACCCUCACACAAACCCUCAUUGCGCGACUAUUAUGGUUCCUCCUGAUGACCCUAUACAUGCGCCGCAGGGCACUCAGUGUAUGAACUUUGAAAGGACUGUCACCACUAGGGACAGAAGAUGUACCCCUCCAGGCGCUCCUGCUGAACAGUUGACAGUUGUGACCGCGUACAUGGAUUUGUCGCUGGUAUACGGCAGUAGCGAAGACCAAGCAGCUCCGAUCAGAGCUGGCAGUGGGGGCCGCCUAUUGACGGACCUGCGAAAUGAUCAGGAGUGGCCUCCUCAGCACCCCAACAUCACGCUCGCGUGCCAAUUGGCACAAACUCCGAACGAACGUUGCUAUCUGGUUGGUGACUUCCGAGCAAACCAGAACCCUCAGCUGACAGUGCUUCAUAUAGUGCUAGUGCGCGAGCAUAACCGCAUCGCAGACUAUCUAGCAGAGCUAAAUCCGCACUGGUCUGAUGAGAAGAUUUUCCAAGAGGCCCGCCGCAUCCAUAUCGCCGAAAUUCAACAUAUCAACUAUUAUGAACAUUUACCCAUUUUCCUUG